AUGGAAGCAUCCAACCAUGAACUAUUAUCAAUAGCCUCCCGUCCAACUGCUCCACUCUUUCCGGCUUUGAACCAGGAGGAGAGGGAAAUACUUUCGCAGAUCAUCAGUCUUACGUCCCCGAAUACAAACGCUUUCAAUGUCCUUCUGUCACCCUAUGAAAGCACUUUGAGGCGUUAUCGAAUCGAUCCUAAGAUAGAUGACAAAUAUUACACCUUUCUACUUAAGCUCAGCUUGGUGCCUGGCAGCGAUUGGAAGCAGAAAUGGGCAAGGGUUUCAUCCGAUCGAUCCACACCCUCAGGCUUGCCUUCACAUCAGGCAGUCAUACCUGCUGCUUCUCAAGCUUAUGCAACAAACCAUGAACCAAGGAAAAUAAACCAAACGGCGUGUACUGGCCCACAAGAUAAAGGAAAACGGAAGGCCCUCACCAACAAUGCGAAACCAGAUACUAAUCAAACAGCCGUCAACCGGAACUCUCGCCCUCCAAAAUCAGUACACUUUUUACCUACCAGAGUAGAAGAAAAUGUCCACAGACCAACGGAACAACCGCCACCAACAGAUCUCUGCCUUGAGCCUCAGUCGGCAAUUCUGCAGUCGAAAAUGACCCUUCUAGUCGAUCCCAUCGACGUGAAAGCUAGAAAAUUCAGAAGACAGCAGUUACUGGCUCGUUGUUUGAACAAAUGGAUGAAUUCGAUAAUUGAUUGGAAUACAUUGGACUCAAAUGCUCAAGCUGCCAGGCGCGUUCUCGAUAUCAGUGCUGCUCAUCAAACUUGGACACGAAAAUUCCGUAAUCGACAGAGCAAAUUGAAAUCAGUAGAUACAUCCUAUAAUACUCGUUUACUAUUUGCGCAUCUGGGUCAUUGGAAGAAGUUAACGGUUUCAAGAACAAUCCAGAAGAAGUCGCUAGCCUUGAGGAAUGCUUAUCGGAAAACUAAAGGAACGAGGGAAAGGAACCUUUGUCGUCAAGUCUUAAUUAUAUGGGCGAAUUACAUGAAAUCAACAAGGAUCUAUGACUCCUUUAGGCGAAAACUCGUUGACCGAUCAUUGAGGCAAUGGUAUCAAAAGCUGCAAUAUCUCUCUCAUUUGUCUCUUGCAUCCCACGAUUUAUCGGUUAAAUUCAAUUCUUUGCGACUCCGACAAAAGUUUUCACACUGGGUUCAACACGCCUGUUUGCUCUCGAAGCUCACAGGCUUUCUACAUCAUCGGGACUCCCAAGUGAAGCAUCAGUUUUUUACAAAUUGGAACAUUACUUUCUCCCAAUCUCGUCAGAGUAACCUGUUUUUGCUUAAAUCACGCUUUUACCGGCUUCUCAAGGCGUGCAAGAAACUCCGUGCUCGCCAGCGUAUGCUCGAGUUUUCAGAAAGCACAGUCAUGGCAUUUCGAAGUUCAAACACUCAGCUACACGUUCUCAGACAUUGGAUUAUUCGCGGGCGGGGGUCUUUAUUUUCAAAUUUCGUCCAAAAAAGGUUAAUAAAAACGCGUUGGCAGCAAUGGCGGCGGCGUGUGGCAUACGUUCGCCAUAAUCUCCCGCGCUUACAAAAUCAAUUCACUGUGCAGUGCACACUCAACCUCGCUUAUCAUCACCUCCAGCAUUGGAUCCAGUAUCAGCAUGACCUCACUCAAAAGUUGGCUCGAGCUCAGAAUAUUUACCAACUUUAUAUCAUUCGCGAUUCAUUCUUGGCUUGGAGGUUUCAUCUCCAGUGGACCCGAGAGCUGCAAGUGGUAGCUAGUUCGACCCGGAUCAACUUUCUACAGAAAAGGGUUUUGUUCGUUUGGAAACACAGAAUACAGAGGAUAAAAGGAAACUCGUGGCGCCAGGAAAAAAUGCUGGUAAAUCUACGCGGCUGUCUCAUCACAUGGCGACUCUUGACUCGAAAAAAACGACGACUCUCGUCAGCCUUAUCCAUAUUUCAGCAAAGAAUCGCAGAACGUCAAUGUCUCAAUGCACUUUCCCACUGGCGGGUUAGGCUGGUUCUUACGACUAGAAACAAACACAAGGCCUUGAAACUUGCUCGGAAAAAUUUAAAACAGAGAUUUUGGGAAAUCUGGACCAGCCGUUAUGAUUUGAUUGGUGUCUUCCUCGAUGAAUCAAGUUUGGUUAUACACCGACGUUGUCAAACCGAAAAGUCGAGCUUACUAGCUUAUUGGCUGGAUCGAACUCGAACUAAGGUUGCCCACAAUUGCAAACUUGACCAGUUUUCACAUCGUCAUCGCCGUUUACUUAUUCUUUCCGUUUGGGAAAGGUGGAGGGAUAAAACUCGGUCCCGGGAGUUGGAGCCUAUUGAACAAAGCUUUAAUUCUGUGCGAAAUAGGAACUACACAACCCAAAUGAUGCAUGCAUGGAUGACUAGAUCGAGCUUGAUUUUCUUGCUUCGACGAGCAAGACUGAAUACUUUGAUGAACUGCUUUGACCUUUGGUAUAAUUUAACCAAAUUGCAUCAGAUUCGUAAUCAAAUCCGUCUCAAGAAGAACCGAUUCAUCAUCAAGUUUUAUUUCAGUCUUUGGUGUAAAAAAUCGUUUGAUUUGAAAACUUUGAGAAUUAUCAGUCGAUUUAAAAAUAAUACCCGCAUUGCACAGCCCACCAGUAGAUAUGAGAAACGAUUCGGUGCUCGGGAGGUAACCGAAGAGGAUUAUUCAACAACCACCAGUCUGGCUACCAGUUCAUCAAAUGAAAGUGAUCAAACCUUACGAUGA